UGAAAGUUUUAAGAAUUUACUGGCCACACCGAAAGCAAGACUACAUCAAAGUCUCCUCUUGCUUGCAUUCAGUCAUCCUCAUCCUAAUUCGUGGUUCACCUUCCUCAGUUACAUUUACAAUCUCUUUCAUAGCUUUCCUCUUACUCCUUUCAGUUUCAGAUAAUCUCAUCCAUCUGUUCAUAAAUCCUGAUGGCUCUUGCAACCAGCAAAGGAGCCUCAUCUUCCUCCUCCUCUUUAACCGGCCAAUCCAAGAACUUUGAUGUCUUCUUGAGUUUUAGAGGUGAAGAUACCCGCUGGGGUUUUAUAAGCCAUUUGUACAAUGCUUUGUGUCAGAGGGGUAUUCAUACCUUCAUCGAUGAUAAGCUCCCAAGGGGAGAAGAAAUUUCUGCAGAGCUUCUUAAAAUCAUUGAGAACUCAAUGAUGUCAAUAAUUGUAUUUUCUGAAAAUUAUGCAUCCUCCACUUGGUGUUUGGAUGAACUUACUAAGAUUAUUGAGUGUAGGAAAAAUAACCAGUUGGUGCGACCAGUUUUUUACAAUGUGGAUCCAUCAGAAGUUCGUAGGCAAAAAGAAAAGUUCGGGGAAGUAUUGACUAAUCAUGAAAAAAAAUUUAAUGAAAGCAAGGUACGAAGAUGGAGGGAAGCUCUACAUGAAGCAGCCAAUCUUUCUGGUUGGGACUACAAGAAGAGUUUUAGUGAAGCUGAACUUGUCCAAAUAAUUGUUGAAGAUAUCUUAAAGUCUAAUUUAAAUCAAAUGCCAUUACAUGUUGCUAAAUACCCGAUUGGAAUAAAUUCUCGUGUAAAGGACUUACAAUUGCUUUUAGAUAGAGAAUCAAAUGAUGUUUGUGUGAUUGGGAUUUAUGGACUUGGAGGAGUGGGUAAAACUACAACUGCAAAAGCUCUUUAUAAUAAAAUUUUUAAUCAUUUCAAAGUAAGAAUUUUUCUAGAGCAUGUUAGAGAGAUGUCAGAGACAAAUGAAGGCAUAAUCCGCCUCCAAGAGAAACUUCUUUUUGAGAUCUUAGGGGUUAAGGAUUUGAAGAUGUGUAACAUAUCUAAAGGAACGAAUAUGAUAAAUAAAAGCCUUUUCCAAAAAAAGGUUUUUAUAGUUCUUGAUGAUGUGGAUAAAUUGAACCUGAUAGAAAAAUUGCUCGGAAAUUAUGAUUUGUUUGCUCCUGGAAGUAGAAUUAUUAUAACAACAAGAGAUAAACACUUGCUAGCCACUUCUGGAAAAGGCUAUUCAACCUAUGAGGUUAAGGAGCUAGAUGACGAUGAAGCUCUUGUACUCUUUAGUAUGCAUGCCUUCCAAAAAAGCACUCCCAAAGAAGAUUAUUCAAAACUUGCAAACCACUUUAUAUAUUAUGCUCAAGGCCUUCCAUUAGCUUUAGAAAUAAUAGGUACUACUUUAUUUGGAAGAGCUAAACCUUACUGGGAAAGUGCAUUAGAAAAGUAUGAAAAAAUUCUUGACAAAAAUAUUCAAAAUGUACUCCAAAUAAGCUAUGAAGGAUUGGAGCAAGUUGAACAAAUUAUUUUCCUUGAUAUUACGUUUUUCUUCAAGGGACUUGACAGGGAAUAUGUUGAAGCUAUGCUGGAUUCUUGCAAUUUACACCCAAAUAUUGGUAUUCAAAGACUUAUCGAGAAGUGUCUUGUAACUAUUGAUCAAUUUGACAAAUUAUGGAUGCAUGACUUGAUACAACAAAUGGGUAGGGAAAUUGUUCGGCAAGAAUCACCACAAUUACUUGGAACACGUAGCAGGCUUUGGUGUUAUGAAGAUGCUUUUGAAGUUCUAACUAAAAAUAAGGGGUCAGAUAAAAUUCGAGGCAUAGUGUUACGCUCACUGGAACCAACAAAGUUGCAAUUAGAAGCUAAAUGUCUUGAAAAGAUGGAAAAUCUCAAAUUUCUUAUAAUUGAUAAUGUAGAAAUUUGUGGAAGUCUUGAUUAUCUUCCCAAUGAUUUAAGGUUACUUGAAUGGCGUGGAUGUACUUUAUCUUCCUUACCAUCCAAUUUCCAUCCUCAAAAGCUUAUUGCACUCAACAUGCCACAAAGUCGGGUUAUAUUGGACAAGCUUUUCAAGAGGAUAAAAUGCAAAAACUUGACAUAUAUGAAUUUCAGUUCCAAUCAAUACAUUAGGGAAUUACCCGACUUACUGAGUGCCAUACCAAAUGUAAAGAAAUUGAAUCUUCGUGAGUGUAGAAAAUUAGUCAAGAUUCAUGACUCUGUUGGAUAUCUUGAUAAACUUGAAAGUUGGGACCUCUGGUGUUGCAAGGAACUUCAAAUUCUUCCAAGCUGUAUCGCGAUGAAAUCUCUUAAAUAUUUAUGUUUUCUUGGGUGCAAUAGGGUUAAGAGGUUCCCCAAUAUUCCACAAGAAAUGGAAAAUUUAAAGUUUCUAAGUCUGAAACACACUGCCAUUAGAGAGCUUCCUCCAUCAAUUGGGAAUCUCACUGGGCUUGAGCGAUUAGAGAUAGGUUCCUAUUUCUAUUCGUGUCAGCUUCCAAGUAGCAUCUAUAAAUUGCAACAUCUUCGCAAACUCUUACUUUAUGGUAAUGUCAAAUUUCCAAAGGAUGUGGGGAUUGGUAGACAAGCAGCAACGUGCAAUUCUUAUAGUGGCUUUUCAAAAUAUUUUUUUCCAAUUUUGAAUUUUCUUAAAAAGUUAACUUCUUGCUUCACCUGCUCAGAGAAAUUUUUAUUAUCAAGAAGUGAAGAUUUGAACCUCCGAGAAAUCAUUAUCAGAUUCAAUAGAUUAAAUUGGCUUCUAAUUAGGGAUUCCAAGUUCCUUAAGAAAAUUCCAAAUCUUCCUGAAAGUAUAAGAAGAGUAGAUGCAUCAAACUGCAUCUCGUUGAAUUCAGAAUCAUUAAGAAAAUUAAUCCUUCAGUUUGGAAGAAUUUUAGGGCUUUCACCAAAUAUGAAAUGUCCAAGUGCGAAAGGCAACGUAUUAAUGGAUUUGCAUUCACAUUACAAAUUAUCAAAUCAAAUUGAUUGCUCUUCCCGGGUCUCCCUCUCCAAGUUCAAUGUAAUUUGUGAUGAGUCAUUUCCCACUCUAGAUGUGUAUCUGGUUGAUUAUGGAGAGCCAUGUGAUAUUAAAGUACCAGGAAAGAAGAUUCCGAAUUGGAUUAAUCAUCAAAGCAUUGAAAGUUGCAUAUCAUUUUGGGUUGGUCCUGAAUUUCCAACAAUUGCUGUUUGUGUUGCUUUUCAUCUAAUUCCGUUGAAGGACAAUUAUGCUAAUAAUGAUAAGUACAGUUCUAUUCAAGAUGAUAUAAUCAAAUGGGUUUGUGAUAUCCACAUUUUUACCGAUAGUCGUAAGCAAUGUCAUAUGGCUAGGGUGCAUUUAUGUGAUUUGAAGUAUGAUCAUCUAUGGUUUUACGGUGUACCUCACAGCCAAUUACAGACGGAUUUUGGAGACUUGAUGCAAGGUGAUCGAAAUCAUGUUAAGAUUUCAUGUAAAAUCUCUCAUUGGUUAAGUGAUAAAGGAAAAUAUGCGCCUGUGAUUGCUGGGAUGGGGGUACAUGUGGAAUGCAUAUGUCCUCCUCAAAAUUCUAUUAUCAUCCAAGAGAAUUCUCAAAAUGUUGAUGAAGACACUAUGCUCACACCUUUACUACCUACUUGCUCCACUUCUAGUUUCCCAACGGACUUAGACGCGGGAGACCUUUCAACCUCCUUUAGUCCCUGAUGACAUCUGAUUCAAGGAGUCUAGUGGAUAUAGCAAAUGGGCUUGACUUACUUUUGGGUAUUGACUAUAACAUAAUGGGUUUGAUUUGGGUUCUUCUUCAAUAGCCAAGUCCUUUUAAAAACGAUGACUCUAUUUUCAAUCUACAUCCAUUGUCAAAGAAACUGAGAAUUCCUUUAUUAAAUUUCGAAGAAACAUGCCUAGGCUGUACAAUACCAAAUGGCCAACUCGGAGUACUUUUCAUAUAAUGACUCAGCUGUAACACAAUGUCAAC